AUAUAAUUUUUAUUGUUUCAGGUACACAAUUUGUGAAGAUAUAGACAACAAAUCUAAUCAUCAAAAUGAGACUGUCAACAAGUGAAGAAAUCCCUUCGACGACAGUCGGUCGCACUGCGAGCCCCGUCGCGAGCGCUGUAAAUGCAGUGGGUGGAUCAGAUGCGUAUGAUGUGACUCGCAUGCGAGAAGAAGAGUUCGAGAGGCUUACGGUGUACAUAGUGCCAGAUGUUCCGUGUGAGCGCGGUGUUCCUAACAGAGCUGAGAGAACGCUUCCUCGCAGUUUAGCCCUCAGGCCAUCAGCAGUAUUAUCAACACCCAACACACCGACGGAGGGCGUAUGGAGUAUUGGAGUUAUUCCUCGUGGUACGCGAUUUGGACCAUUUGAAGGGACGCGUACACCAAAUAAACCAAACGACAAAGUGUCUUGGAGAUAUUACUGGAGGGUACAAGAAACUGUCAGACACCAUACUUAUGGAAAUAUAAAGAUAUUCAAAGAGAGUGAUUAUUAUUACCUUGAUGGCUCUGAUACAAGUGUUGCAAACUGGAUGCGAUAUGUGGCUUCAGCUUAUUCUUUGUCCGUAAUGAACCUCGUUGCGUGUCAACACCAAGAACACAUAUACUUUUACACUAUCAGAGAUAUUAUGCCAAACGAAGAACUUAUGGUAUGGUACUGUAAAGAUUUUGCUACAAGACUGGGCUAUGACAUCGAUCCAGAAAGAGCUACAUAUUCUAUUUGUAAAGAAGAAACUAUAAAAAAAGCUUAUGGCUUACCACCUGCACCAGUACAUCCUGAAAUAGCUUUUAAUCAUAUGAAAUACGUUCUUGGAUUAACUAAUGCAAAAGAACUUUUAGAAGCUGAAAUUCCCAAUAAGCGUAGAAAAAGAGAAGCAAGUGACAAAACUAUACUUGAAAAUUCAAAUAUACAACAGCGAGAUGAUUCUAGGAAUAUGAUAAAACAUGAGAGAUGUCUUGUAAGAAAUGACGCAUCAACGAACAUUCCUCAUAAAAAUGAAUCGGUUGUGAACGAACCCUCAUCAUUAUCACCUAACGGUCUGAUGCAACCUCCUUCUCCAGUUAAAAUUCACCACAGAGAUAACCAAACACUAAUUAUUCAUCAACAUAAGGAGAGCACGUCGCAUCUUGUUAUACACCAACUCGAAAAUCCAAGACUUUAUGGUAACAGGUCACCGGCUCAAAAUGUAUCAAUGCGAGAAUUGCGUGGGGCUUCACCUAUGGCACAAAGUAAUCAAGAAAAAAUUGGUAGUAAGUCUCCUAAUUUUACCCACUGUGCACCAACACAAUAUGAACAUCAACUUACACCUAAUGACGGUUCAGUAAGAUCGGACGAAGGCUACUAUAGCAAUGGUUAUCAUGACGAAUUUACUCCACCUGAAGAUUCAAGUGAUUCUGAUACAGAAAAUUAUGUCCUAGAUUGUUCUAAUAAAACAAACGAGCCUAAGGAAACGGUAAUUGUUCAAAAAAUAGAUCAAGAUAUGCAUCGGAAUGAAUACAGAAAGGUCAAAAUUAAGAUGCCAAGAGCAUAUCAAUAUCAAAACCAUAAGGAUACGGACUGUGAAAGUGAGAAAGAACUAAUUAUUGCGGAAGAAGUUAUGAAUACUUCGACGCAAAAUUUAUCACCACCUCGACGCGAUCCAGCAACGUCAACUGUUAUUGUUUUAGAAUCAUCUCAAAAUACUGUGGUACCAAUAAAUAAACCAUAUUACGAAGAUGGUGCUGUAUCACCGUCAUCUCAACCUGCUUAUAUGAGAUACACUCCACCUGAUACACGUAUUCUUGAAACUAUUCUCACAGGAAACAGAAUUGAUACAAAUAAUAAUGACCCUAAUAGAAGACAACCAAAUGCUACUCCACCACCUUCAUCACCAACUGAAAUGGCAUAUUCAUACAAAAAAAGCCAAAGGUAUGGCAAUGCCUGCAGUCCAGAUUCUAGUUCAAAUUUAACUCCCUUGCCAUCUUUACUGCCGUUACCGCAACAAUUACCACCGCCAAAUUCAGUAUCAGUUUAUUCUUCAUCACCUCCUCAUACGAUUCCUCAUACCACGGAAAUACGUGAAAUAAGAGAGAUAAGAGAAAUCAGAGAAACGAGAUAUGAAAGUCACUAUCCCAAUUAUUCAUACAGUUUAUAUUCUCCACCUAACUCUACAAUAAUAACGCAGCUUGGUUCUCCUCCGAGCACUUACUCACCAGUUUCCUCUACCCACACAUACGACAGAGCACAAAAUAAUCAAAGUCAUUUUCCUUCUUCAACUAGUGUUAUAACACUUAAAAAUUGUUCCCAAUUAAGCUUGAUUCAAAAUUCUAAUGUUAACGCUCAAUUGAUACCACAACAUAGUAGUAUGAGCCCAGAUGGUACGUGCAGCCUAAUGGUUGCACCAAUGAGUCCAAACUCUCAAUCUUCUCGUGGCUACAGAAGUUUACCUUACCCAUUAAAAAAGAAAGACGGGAAAAUGCACUAUGAAUGCAACGUAUGUUGUAAAACGUUUGGUCAAUUAUCUAAUCUAAAAGUUCAUUUAAGAACCCAUUCAGGAGAGCGACCGUUUAAAUGUAACGUUUGCAAUAAAUCGUUUACACAACUUGCGCAUCUACAAAAACAUCACCUUGUACACACGGGAGAAAAACCUCACCAAUGUGAUAUUUGCAAGAAAAGAUUUUCAUCCACAUCAAACUUGAAAACUCAUUUACGUCUUCACUCGGGCCAAAAACCUUACGCAUGUGACCUAUGUAUGCAGAAGUUUACUCAAUUUGUACAUUUAAAACUACAUAAACGACUACAUACGAAUGAUCGGCCAUAUGUUUGCCAAGGAUGUGAUAAAAAAUACAUCAGCGCUUCAGGUCUACGCACUCACUGGAAAACCACUAGUUGCAAACCAAAUAAUAUAGAAGAAGUUUUAGCAAUCACAAAUGCUGCGAACACUGAAUGUAUAGGUACUGUCGACAAAGACUGUCACGAAAGAGAGGGGCACGAGACAUAUGAAGUACACUCAGCAUCGCAGGGAGGGCUGAUGGCUACCGGUGGGGCGCGUCUGGCUAUGUCGCAUGGUGAAGGUCUCAUGGGGGGGCAAGCACACUCCACCACGCCUCAUCUAGCCAUAGGAAAUGGACAACUUUCACCCGGCCCGGGUGGGCAGCAGUAUCGGACAUUAUUACCUACAGUAUCAGAUCAUGAACAACAACAUUAUAGUUCUUCGGCUAGUGAAACACGGCCGAGUGUCAUAGAAUCAAGCCAGCCGCUCAUCAUAGAGUGCACCUGAGCCCUGUAAAAUCAACCGCCAACAAUGUCGUAUACUCUUAUCGGACGCGUGUUUCCCCGCCGCAUUAUGUGAUUCCAGUUUUGUGAUCAAAUGAAAGUAUUUGUUAAAUGUGUUAAGACACGUGUGUUUGAGACACUUAAAAUGGUCUUAUUCAGUGGCUAUGAGAUUACGAUACGAACGUUAAGUUGUAAACAUAUAUAAAUAAUUAAUCUUAGUGAUUUGUAUUAAUGAGUACUAAGUACUUACAUAGCAUACAUCCAGUUUAGCUAAUAAAUGUAUUUUCGUAAGUA